UUGCUUCCCUUUCUAUCCUCCAACCUGCUUCCAUUGGACUCUCUGCUCUCUCUCUCUCUCUCUCUUAGUUGGAUAGGAAAAUCACACAGUAGACACAUUCAUAUACGUACGUAUAGAGAUAGAGACACGACUGUACAUCACCGCUGUGAUCGUACGACCAUCUUCACACCGCCCAUACUACGCCAGCGAUCGUUCAUUUUCGCCACCCAUCGUAUUCUCCUCUUCUUAUAUCACUCGGAAAAGAGCCAACCCUUCAAACCAAAAGAAGCUACCGGUGAUACCGAGUAGUGGUUGAUUGGUGUAAUGGCAACGAGCACAAUUAGAAAGGCAAUCGGAGCGGUAAAAGACCAAACAAGCAUAAGCCUAGCCAAAGUAGCCGGCAACGUAGCCCCAGACCUCGAAGUCUUGAUUGUGAAGGCCACAACACACGAUGACGAACCCGCGGAUGAUAAGUACAUUAGGGAGAUUCUAACUUUGACAUCUUGUUCAAGGGGUUAUGUGAAUGCCUGUGUUUUUGCGAUCUCGAAAAGAUUGGGCAAAACCCGUGAUUGGAUUGUGGCUCUAAAGGCGUUGAUGCUUGUACAUAGGUUGUUGGUUGAUGGGGAUCCUGUGUUGGGGUUGGAAAUUAUGUAUGCGAGUCGGAGGGGGACGAGGGUUUUAAAUAUGUCAGGUUUCCGCGAUGAGGCUCACUCGAAUUCAUGGGAUCAUUCUGCUUUUGUGAGGGCUUUUGCAUUUUAUCUCGAUCAAAAGCUUGAGUUUUUGGUAUAUGAAAAGAAACUCAGUGAUGUUGAGGAUAAAAGUAGACGCGAGGAUGGGUAUGGAUACGGAGAGCAUAGGGAUGAACCCAAUUAUGGGAUGAAUGGAAAAUCAAGGUUUUAUGAUGAUUUGGGUGAAUCUGUGGGGAGAGAACAGAGAAAUGGGGUGACACUGAUUACGGAAUUGAGGCCUCAGAAGGUAUUGGAGAGAUUGCAUCAGCUGCUUAGGCUUCUUGAUCAUUUCUUGUCUUGUAAGCCGACGGGAGCAGCAAAGAAUAGUCGGAUGGUGCUGGUUGCACUAUAUUCAAUUGUGAAGGAGAGUUUUAGGCUUUAUGUUGAUAUAUGUGAGGCUUUAAGGGUUUUGUUGGAUCGAUUUUCAGAGAUGGAAUAUGAGGAUUGUGUUAAGGGUUUUGAUGAGUAUGUUCGUGCAGCGAAGAUGAUUGAUGAGCUUGUGGGGUUUUAUGGUUGGUGUAAGGAUAUAGGGAUCGCAAGGUCAUCAGAGUAUCCGGAAGUGCAUAGGAUUACUGAUAAGCUUUUGGGGACGAUUGAGGGGUUUUUGAGGGAAAGGGCCAAUAGGCUGAAGAGCCCUGAGAAAAGAAGGGAAGAGAGUUCCUCAGUAGUUAAAGAGGAGGCAGCUUUGGAUAUGAAUGAAAUAAAGGCACUACCUCCACCUGAGAAUUACAAUCCUCCACCUCCACCUCCACUUGAGCCCCAACCGAAGCGCCAGACUCAGCAGGUCACUGAAGACUUGGUGAAUUUGAAGGAUGAUGCGCUGUCAGCUGAUGAGCAGGGCAACAAAUUCGCAUUGGCCUUAUUUUCUGGACCGUCUGCCGUCAAUACAAAUGGCUCGUGGGAAGUGUUUCCAUCAAAUGGAGAACCUGAACUGACUUCAGCGUGGCAGACACCAGCUGCAGAGAGUGGUAAAGCUGAUUGGGAAUUGACCUUGGUGGAGUCAGCCAGUAAUCUAUCCAAGCAAAAGGCUGAUUUGGGCGGUGGAUUUGAUCCAUUAUUGUUGAAUGGCAUGUAUGAUCAGGGGGCAGUGAGGCAGCAUGUGAGUAAUACUCAGUUCAGCGGUGGGAGUGCAAGUAGCGUGGCAUUGCCAGGGAUGGGCAAGAGUGCAACACCAGUGCUGGCAUUGCCUGCCCCGGAUGGGACAGUUCAAACAGUGGGGCAACAAGAUCCAUUUGCAGCAUCGCUCUUAGUGCCACCUCCUUCAUAUGUGCAAAUAGCGGAGAUGGAGAAGAAACAGACUUUGCUUGUGCAGGAACAACAGCUAUGGCAGCAGUAUGGAAGCAAUGGGAUGCAAGGCCAAGUGGCUUUGGCUAAGAUUGCUGGUGGUGCUGGUUACUAUGGCACUGCUCCACCACCUAUGAUGCCUUACGGCAUGCCACAGAUUAAUGGUAUGGGAAUGGGACAGCCAGGAGGGUACUACUACACACCUUACUGAAUUUGCUCUAUGGAUAAAUGAUGCCUAUGCCAUAAUUCACUUCAUUAAUACCCCCACCCCAAAAGUACUCUUUUUGGUCUCUCUCUAAUCUACUGUUUAUUGUGAUGUUUUUUUUACUGCUUACUGUUUUGCAUAAGAAGUGAGAGAUACUGGAGAUCACAAUACAGAUGAGAGGUGUUUGCUGCAAACUUGUUUUCUUAUACAACUCAAAUAAGUACGGAAUCAUAUUAGGUA